CCACAUGCUACUGUUUAUCUCUGAUGUAGUGGCCCCAGACCAGAUAUCUUGUCCUGGUGAGUGGGCUAACUUUGCUCCUGUGGGCCAGCUUAUCUGUAAAGACUAACACCUGUUGGCAUGGCAACCCAGUCUCGGCCAACCACUGCACAGGAGAAACAUGACCUCAUCCUGAUGACAUCAUCACCAGCUGAUGCUUGCCACAUGUGAGGUUUUAAACUGGUCUGUGCUGGAAUGUUCUGCUUUCAUUCUGUAGUACAGCUCUAUACCUUCUUGUUCCCCAUUGGCUACACUAUACAGUGCCUUUUCACGUUGUGACAGCAGGCUAUACAGCUGCCAUAUUUGCUGAGUCAACAGUUCUGGGUUUAUGAUUAACCAGCAGGGAAAACCGGGCACUGCUUCCUGGGAGGUGACGCUAUAAACUAGCCGCAACCAGUGUUACACGGUGAGCGUUCUGCACUUAUACAGGGUCCUACAAUAUUUGCAAGAAUCACAGCAACCGGUGAGUGGGGACAUUCUGAGAUAUCAAGAACACAGACUGGUGGGUCCAUGUAAGCACCAACUGCCAAGAAGUGAGGACUUCCCGGCAAAAGAAACUGCUGAGUCCCCAGAUAUAGGACGUGACAUAACUGGUGAGGGUUGUUGUGCCCUUUCAGCUGACCCCUUGGCUGCUCUGCACGGAUCUAGAAACAGGAAGCAGGCAGGAAACCCCCUCCGGGCAACCAAACAGCUGACUGUAUCAAACCGACUGUUGCCACAUCAAGACCAACAGUGGAGGGGAGGUACUUUGUGGCUUUUCUUAUCCUCCAGACGACUAGUUUUCUUCUCCAAGGCCAUAGGGCAAGAAGACUGUGGCACUCAAGGUACCGGUCCAUGUGUCUUCUGUCAAGAGGGAGACUUAAGUAGCUACCAUGGCUCCUUGAGUUGUAUCAUAGAAGAGGUAGCGUCCAUUCCGAGAUGUUUACUGAGUGAGGUCACGUCUCUGGACAUACUGGGCCGGCAGGAUGGCAGCCCGUCCCAGGGUUACCCAGACAUCCUCCCUGCCUCCGGCCUCACCCCUCCCACCAGGGCACGGGCCAAACUUCAGCACAUUCUGCAGCAGGACCCUCCAGACGACAACUGUACCUUCUUCUCUCAAUUCCAUCCCGGUAACUACACGAUCUCAGAAUUGGUGUUGUAUCUGAACUCAAGUGGCACUGCCGAUUUCCCACAGAUUUGCUUCGCGACUUGCCCUCACUGAAUCAACUCGUGAUUGAAGGGUUACAGAUGCACGCACCACCACCGAUGAAAGGACUAAGCUCACUGAAGACAGUAAGCAUGGCAAGCAAUGGCAUACAAAUGCUAAAUCUUACCAAUGUCAAAGGUUUAGCUGAAGUGUCAAACAUCAAGUUAACUGGAAACACCUUGGAAAGGAUUCCUUUCCAUGCCUUUGCAAUGAGUAGCCUUGUGAAACUAGAGGAACUAAAGUUAGACUCCAACAAAAUCUCAGUAAUAGACGAGGAUGCUUUCGCUGGCCUGCCAUCUUUAAAAGUGUUAGACCUUCAUGGUAACAUGAUUCAAGUACUAAACAAGGAAAUCCUACAUCAGCUUGAAUAUCUAGACAUGCUAAACUUGUCAAACAAUGCUAUCCACACACUGGAAGCACAAACAUUCUCUGAGAUGAAGGAUUUGCAUGUUCUUGACUUGUCCCAGAACAAUUUGACCUUGACAGCUGAAAUGCCAGCAUCGCUAUUCACUGGACCAGAAAAUCUGACCAGUCUGUACCUGGCUCAAAACUUGAUCAGCAGUUGCCCUGAGGACCUGGGAAGAGCACUGCCCUAUCUACAACAUCUUGACCUACAGAGAAACAACAUUUCUGUCUUCACAGAAAAGUUCUUAAAGGGUCUGGGUUCAUUAAAGGAGAUUGACUUGUCUGGGAACCCUUUCUCAUGCACGUGCGAUGUGGAGUGGUUAUUUGAUUGGUUAAAAAAAAAUAGUACCGUAGCAUUCGUUAAUUGGAAAGAAUACGAGUGUUACUACCCGCGGCAUUCACGUGGCGUCAACUUUGAACAUUUCAACCCGGAGGUUCUCAAGUGCGAUGAGGGUGCUGACCACACGCAGCUGGGACUGUCCCUGGGGAUUUCUCUCACCCUGGCCGUACUGGUCAUCGUGCUGGCCGCUGUGCUCUAUUACCACUGCCGCUGGCGCGUCAAGUAUGGCUGGUUUGUGCUGUGUGGCAAAAAGGGUGAGCAAGUGGAACAGAAAGUCGAGGACGAGUACUUCAAGUAUGAGGCUUUCCUGUCGUACUGUAGCAACGACCGCUGGUGGGUCAUCGACGAGCUACUCCCCAAGGUCGAGAAUUGUCCCCCGCCCACUUACAAGAUGUGCCUUGACAUUCGCGACUUUGAGGACGGACCGAAGGAUCAGAACAACAUCAUCGCUGCGAUGGACGAGAGUCGGAAGACGAUGUUUGUCAUCUCUAGUAGCUUCCUGCGGAGCAAGCGCUGCCUGUGGGAGCUGGAGAUGUCCAAGAACAAACGCUACGGGAAGAACAAGGACGACCUGAUCUUUGUUCUCCUGGAGAACGUCCCGCAGACGAAGAUGCCCAAGUCGCUGCAGAAGGUGAUGAUGGGAAGGAAGUACCUGCGCUGGCCGGAGGACCCCCGGCAGAGGGACGCCUUCUGGCAGUGCCUGCGCGAGUCCUUCAAGACCAACAUCUUCAAACGGCAGGGCAACAGGAUCGAGAUGCAGCAGAUAUAGACUUUAUCUAUGCCAUCUAACAGACACAACAUGUCAUGGCACUGGCACUUUGGGUAUAGGCAGAAACUUGGAAGAUAAUAACUAUUUUAUAAGUAACAUUCAGUUAUUCAAGGCUACUAACUUUUAAUAUGAACAUGUACUGCCAACCUAGCAGCCCAAACAGCAUAGACAUCAAUUUGAACUUAAAUGCAGGAAUUUUAUUAUUUGAUUUGAUCUCCUUUAAGUUUAAGAAAAGAGAAAAUGACGUUCUGCUCCUUAAAAGCCGAUCCCUUUCUAAUGAGUAAUUGAAAUUCCACCAAAACAGAGAAGUGUAAGGUUCUCAGGGUAUGAAAUCAUGAUAUAGUUGACAACAGCACUUGUAACAAACCUUGGCAGGCGGGUCAGACAAAAUAACACUGUCAGCAUGUGUAGAUUUCAGGGAAAAACAGUAGUUAACAACAUGGGUAAGGGACUGGUAAAUUUGUAGGAACAGAUAAAAAAUUGUAUCUUGCUACUUAAUAGAACAACACUACUAGUGCUCUAAAGCUUAAUGCAUACAAUAUUAUACCAAAUAUUUCCAUACCUUGUGUAAGGUAUACCAAGCUUACUUUCAAAACACUACUCCUGGCUUGUCCCUUAUGCUAUCAGUUGGCACAUGUUGAAAUAUGGGAUGCCAAGAGAAAGAGGAAGGAAAUACAGAAUCAUGACUGCCUCUUUUACUGUAAAUCCUGAUAUCUUUUAGCUUACUCAUAAACUGAAUAUUCAAGCACCUGUUGACCAUAAUGUUAAAACCACUUGUUACUUAUACAUGUCUGUAAAUGAUGUCUUGUGUACAGAAUUUUGAAAAAAAAUGCUACAAUAGCUUAGUGGGAAGGAUGAUUGCUUUUCAUGUGGUAGAUAGUGGGUUCCUUGGCUCAGUCAUACUGAAGACAAAUAUAUAUACAUGUAAUCCAAAUGACUUCAUGUAAUCACUUAAAAUGACAUCAAUGGAAGAAACUGACAGCACAGGAAGUUUUAUGUUUAUAUGUUUAUAUAUCUUAUGCAUUCAAACUGUAUAUCUAUUCAACUAUUGUAACAGCAUAUGUAAUCUAUACCGUUUUACCAUGACAUAAUAUCAAGAUCAACAUAGGUACUUAUUAUGUAGAGGGACACUUUAAGUUUUGAUGGACUCUCUAGUCUUGAAAUCAUAGAUUGAUUAAGGCUUGCAUUUAUAGUUCUUUUGUAUUCAUUCAUCUACAAUUGUUAUCAAUAUAGAUUAAAUAUUUGGAUUUUCAACAUGAUUGAAGAUAUACAGUGCUGAGUUUGCUGUAGAAAAUAACUGUCAGCAUACAACAACAAAAAUAAAUUUGACACUGCAGCAAAUGCUGGUA